AUCCAAGUAUCAAACACCAGAGAGACGAUGGUACCCACAGCCUCGCCCACUGUACACAAGACUGCUGCCAAUCUUCCCUCAAGGAAAACUCGCCACAAAGACGGGUCGCUCACUAAGCAUUCUUUCAGAAAUCAAAGUGAGAGAUCUGGUCCCGUAAUACAGCAGAAUAUGACUCUCGUGACGUCUCUUACAGGAUACAAGGGUAUACACAAUUUGUUAACAGCAGACAGGUUGAUACCAGUAUCCCUAACAGCAGACAGACUAUCAGCAGAAGCACAGAAAAUGGCUGGAGAUAAAACAACAUCCCUUCCUCUGCAAGAUUCUCAUAACAUGUCUUCGGGGGCAUCGGAAAAAGAUGGCAGACACUCCCAUCUUGAGGAGACUGAUAAGAGCAGCUACUCAUCCAAGGAUCCUACAAGAGUUUAUAAAUCGCAAGGAAUAUACGAGGAGCCGCAGGCAUCACCGACACCCUCAGCUCACAGGAGGACCUGUGUAGGCGGCGAAGAAGGAGAGAGAUGUGGACGUAGUGGACGGCGUGAUCCUGGCGUCCAUGAUCACCUAAAUAAUAAGGAAACACAGAGCAACAGCAUCCUCAAGAGUCAACAGAGCAAAGUAAGAGCGUGGAAAGGCAGAAAUGAUGUUGUUGAAACUAUUGAGUCAAGCAUACCAGAGAAAGAGAAGUUAGAUAAAGAACUCGAGAACAGAAAGCGGAAAGCACAUCGAAAACAUAAGAGGAAAAACAAAAGGAAAGAAAAUCGGGUUUUGAGUAGGAAGAAAAAGAAGACAAAUAGAAAGAGAGGAAGAUGGAGAGGAGACAGACAGCCUCCUGGCCAAGAUGGAUCUCAGGAGAGGGAGAUGAACGCCAGCAUCCCAAGAAGGAGAGACGAAGCUGAGGAGAAAAUGAGAGAUAGCGGAAGGAUUAACAAUCAAAGGAGAAGAAAUAAGAAGCGAAAAUAUGGAAGAAAUAGCAGAAAGCGCGGCUCCUCUAAAGGGCGACCUCAUUCAAGUCUCAACAAAAGAACACACAGAGAUAAAACUUCUGAAGGGAUUCUACCAGUGUUUACCAUUCAAUUGCCGUCCGUCACAACCCACUCCCCACCCACCGUCAUCACCACCACUGCCCACUCACCACCCACCACCAUUCUCUUGUCUCCCGCCACCACCCAUUCACCUGGUCUCAUUAUCAACAGAACGUACGCCAUUCCAGAGGAUAUAAAGUCUUGGAAUUCACUGCCCUCAACACCUACCAUCACUACCACACCCAGGACCACUACCAGUACCACAACCACUGUCACAACCAUUAAAAUUCCCAGCACCGGAUCCAAGAACACUAUCAGAAGCAGUACCACGCUCACCACCAGUACCAGCACUACGACCAGUGCCAGAACCAUGCCCCCUGUCAGUGCCACACUCACUGUCAGUGUCACGCCCACUGUUAGUACCACACCCGCUACCGAAGCCACACUUAUCACCAUGGCUUCACCCAGUACAGGAACAACACUCACCUCCACGAGGGUCACCAUGCCCAGCAUCACCCAGGGUCAGAGGGCAGACAAACCCACGAGGCUCUCUCCCCAUCACACCACCAGUCCAGCGUCACCCAAGUCCCACCCAUGGGGAAUCGAAAUGGGUGAGGAUGGAAUCUCGCCAACCAUAGAGGCCACUGCAGCGACCCAACGCCCUCACACACCCACUGUCAACACACUCACUCCAGCACCCUACACUCUCACACACCCACUGUCAACACACUCACUUCAGCACCAAUCACAAACCACGCAACACAUCUUCCAGCACCUUACGCUCUGA